AUGUCAGUUUUUGCACCGAAAAGAACAAUACAACAGAAUCGCGCAUCAAGUCGUAUCUCAAGCUUAGAAGUGAAUAAAACUCUGGAUGAAACUGUUCGACAACAAAGAAAAAAUAAACAAUUAGAUGGUUUAGAGCAAGAUAAUGCACAUGUAAGUUAUUAUUGAAUACUUUUUAAUAAACUAAAAUAUUUAUAGGAUGAUCCACAUGCUCAUAUUGUCUGGAAUAAAGCUGCUCCAAAAUUUGAUGAUGAAUUAGCCGGUGCAUCAGCCCCAAAAAAGAAGAAAACUGGGGAAAAUUCAGAAAAACCUGGAAGGCCGGAUGCUGAAAAAGCGAGACGAAGACGUCUAUCUCGUCCGGAAUUCAACAAACAGCGAUUCAAAAAAUCAUUCAAUGUUCAUGUUAUGGAACAAAGUAAACAUAUUUUAGAAUCACUAGAUCCCGAUUUUCGAAGGUUUGUAAACAAAUUUCAAAAUAAAUUCUGCAUUCUAAAUAUAUUUUCAGAAUCGAUGCUUAUACUAAUUCAACUGCGCCGCCUUCAUAUAAACCAUCUCGAAAAUUUUGUGCAGUUUGCGGAUUUCUCUCAAAAUAUUGUUGUACUCGAUGCGGCACUAAAUAUUGUUCUUUACCUUGUCGAGAUAUUCAUAAUGAUACUCGAUGUAUGAAAUGGUUACAAUAA